AUGAGCAGGAAGACGCGCCGCUGGAUCCUACAUUUUUUCCUGUGCCUCGGAGUAGUGUACCUGAAGAUCGGGGGUCUGUCCUCGGUGGUGGCGCUGGGAGCGAGCAUCAUCUGUAAUAAAAUCCCGGGCCUGGCCCCUCGUCAGCGGACUAUCUGCCAGAGCCGGCCCGACGCCAUCAUCGUGAUCGGAGAGGGGGUUCAGAUGGGCAUCAACGAGUGUCAGUUCCAGUUCCGACACGGCCGGUGGAACUGCUCGGCGCUGGGAGAGAGGACCGUGUUCGGCAAAGAGCUCAGAGUGGGCAGUAAGGAGGCAGCGUUCACGUACGCCAUUAUCGCUGCCGGGGUGGCCCAUGCCGUCACUGCGGCCUGCACCCAGGGCAGUCUGAGUGGCUGCGGCUGUGACAAGGAGAAGCAGGGUUUCUACAACCAGGAGGAGGGCUGGAAGUGGGGCGGCUGCUCAGCGGACGUCCACUACGGCGUGGGUUUCUCCAAGGUGUUUGUGGACGCACGGGAAAUUAAGCAGAACGCCAGGACUCUCAUGAAUUUACAUAACAAUGAAGUGGGACGCAAGGUCCUGGAGAAGGGAAUGCGUCUGGAGUGCAAGUGUCACGGCGUGUCGGGGUCUUGCACCACCAAAACCUGCUGGACCACGCUCCCCAAGUUCCGGCAGCUGGGAUACUUUCUCAAGGACAAGUACAACCAGGCCAUACACGUGGAGCCGGUGCGAGCCAGCCGCAACAAGCGCCCCACCUUCCUGAAGAUCAAGAAACCCCAUUCCUACCGUAAGCCCCUGGACACGGAGCUGGUCUACAUCGAGAGGUCGCCCAACUACUGCGAGGCCGACCUGCUGACCGGCAGCAUGGGGACGCAGGGUCGCCUGUGCAACAAAACGGUCCUGCAGCCCAACAGCUGCGACCUGAUGUGCUGCGGCCGCGGAUACAACACGCACCAGUACUCACGCGUGUGGCAGUGCAACUGCAAGUUCCUGUGGUGCUGCUACGUCAGAUGCAACACCUGCAGUGAGAGGACAGAGGUGUAUACCUGUAAAUAG